AUGCGUUUGUUUGAGGGUGGCCUGUAUUUGCUUCAUUCAAGCUCUUCUGAGAUUAGAUCCUCGGCGAAAGAUGCCCAGUCCCUGUUGCUCUGUACAACCCAAUUAUUCUACUCCCAUAAGAGCUACGACCCCUUCCACCUUUGCCUUCUACUCCUGCUCCUCUUCUUCAUUCCCUUCCUCUCCCUCUCCCUCUUCCUCUUCCUCCUCUUUCUGGCCAGUUUAAGUUCUCUCUUUUGGCAUCAGCUUGCCGGUGGAAAGCUCUCUCCAUGA